AAUCACAGCGGGCGAGAGCGGAGACUGGGAGCGAAAAAUCCAGGAUCCGGCAACUUUGGGCAGCGCAUGCGCGCCCGCGGCGCUCCAUCCCAAACACACACACAUUUUUCCCCCGGACUUGGAAAGUCACCCAAAGCCGCCCCAAGUGCAGGCAAACAGGCCUCGCUGAGUGAAGGCAGAGACCCUCUCCACCCUACCUGCCUUUCCUACUGUCACCUCCCGUGGAAGGGGGUCCUGCAGCUCCCGUGGUGUGUGUUGGAAUGGACUUCAGACCCCAGCUUCUUGGGCUGCAAAGGAUGAAGUGACGCCCCCACCGUGAGAGAGGAGCCUCUAGGACCCGCUACAAGAGUUUGGGACCAAAGAGAGAAGAAUGGAUCUUGGUACAGCUGAAGGCACCCGGUGCACCGACCCACCCACAGGCAAACCCGCAAUGGCGGCCAAGCGCAAAGGCGGCCUGAAGCUCAAUGCCAUCUGCGCCAAGCUGAGCCGCCAGGUGGUGGUGGAGAAGGGAGCGGAGGCUGGCUCUCAAGCCGAGGGCAGCCCACUGAGGCCCCGGGACAAAGAGCGCAGUGGCCCCGAGCCGGGGGUGGCCCGGGCCCCCCGCAGUGAGGAAGACAAGAGGCGGGCGGUGAUUGAGAAGUGGGUCAACGGGGAGUACAGUGAGGAGCCGGCACCCACGCCCGUGUUGGGGCGGAUUGCCCGAGAGGGUCUGGAGCUGCCGCCCGAGGGUGUCUACAUGGUGCAGCCACAGGGCUGCAGCGACGAGGAAGACCACGGCGAAGAGCCCUCCAAGGAAGGCGGCGGCAUGGAGGAGAAGGACUCGGACGGGGCAGCCUCCAAGGAUGACAGUGGCCCCAGUGCCAAGCAGGCUUCAGGAGAGGCCUCCUCGCUGCGGGACUAUGCGGCCUCCACCGUGACUGAGUUCCUUGGCAUGUUUGGCUACGAUGACCAGAACACGAGGGACGAGCUGGCCAGGAAGAUCAGCUUCGAGAAGCUGCACGCUGGCUCCACCCCAGAGGCGACCACCUCCUCCGCGCUGCCCGCCUCUGAGGACGCCCUCAGCAAACGGGCGAGGUUCUCCAAGUAUGAAGAGUACAUCCGCAAGCUCAAGGCCGGCGAGCAGCUGUCCUGGCCGGCCCACGGCACCAAGGCCACCAUCCUGCCUCUGCCCUCUCACAGCAGUGUCCCCAUGCAGGGCCUGGUGGCCCGUGCCUCCAAGUAUGACUUCUUCAUCCAGAAACUGAAGACAGGUGAGCACUUGCGACCCCAGAACGGGAGCGCCUACAAGAAGCCAUCCAAGUACGACCUGGAGAACGUCAAGUACCUGCACCUCUUCAAGCCCGGGGAGGGCAGCCCCGACAUGGGCGGGGCCAUUGCCUUCAAGACGGGCAAGGUGGGGCGCCCCUCCAAGUAUGACGUCCGGGCCAUCCCGAAGCCGGGCCCCACCAAGGUUCCGCCCACCCCCAGCCUGGCUCCUGCACCCCUCGCCAGCGUGCCCACUGCUCCCAGCGCCCCCAGCUCGGGCCCUGAGCCACCUGCCUCCCUGCCUUUCAACACUCCCGAGUACCUGAAGUCGACCUUCUCCAAAACAGACUCCAUCACCACGGGGACCGUCUCCACUGUCAAGAAUGGAUUGCCCACAGAUAAACCAGCUGUCACCGAAGACGUAAACAUUUACCAGAAAUAUAUUGCCAGAUUCUCAGGCAGUCAGCACUGUGGACACAUCCACUGCGCCUACCAGUACCGCGAGCACUACCACUGCCUCGACCCCGAGUGCAACUACCAGAGGUUCACGAGCAAGCAGGACGUGAUCCGGCACUACAACAUGCACAAGAAGCGGGACAACUCCCUGCAGCACGGCUUCAUGCGCUUCAGCCCGCUGGACGACUGCAGCGUCUACUACCACGGCUGCCACCUCAACGGGAAGAGCACCCACUACCACUGCAUGCAGGUGGGCUGUAACAAGGUGUACACGAGCACAUCGGACGUGAUGACCCACGAGAACUUCCAUAAGAAGAACACCCAGCUCAUCAACGAUGGCUUCCAGCGCUUCCGGGCCACUGAGGACUGUGGCACGGCCGACUGCCAGUUCUACGGGCAGAAGACCACGCACUUCCACUGCAGGCGCCCCGGCUGCACAUUCACCUUCAAGAACAAGUGUGACAUUGAGAAGCACAAGAGCUACCACAUCAAGGAUGACGCCUACGCCAAGGAUGGCUUCAAGAAGUUCUACAAGUACGAGGAGUGCAAGUACGAGGGCUGCGUGUACAGCAAGGCCACCAACCACUUCCACUGCAUCCGCGCCGGCUGCGGCUUCACCUUCACCUCCACCAGCCAGAUGACCUCACACAAGCGCAAGCACGAGCGCCGGCACAUCCGCUCCUCGGGCUCGGGCGUGCUGGGGCUGCCGGCCUCGCUGCUGGGCGCGAAGGACACGGAGCACGAGGAGUCCAGCAACGACGACCUGGUCGACUUCUCUGCCUUGAGCAGCAAGAACUCCAGCCUGAGCGCCUCCCCCACCAGCCAGCAGUCCUCUGCUUCCCUGGCCGCUGCCACUGCCGCCUCCGAGGCUGUGCCCAGCGCCACGAAGCCUCCCAACGGCAAGAUCUCGGGGCUGCUGGCCCAGGGCCUGCCUGGGUCCAUCCCCCUGGCGCUGGCCCUCUCCAACUCGGGCCUGCCCACCGCUGCGCCCUACUUCCCCAUCCUCCCGGGCCGGGGCAGUGCCUCUCUGCCUGUGGGUGCCCCCGGCCUCAUGGGUACCAUGUCAUCUGGGACAGCAGCCUCGGUCACCCCUGACACGCCCACUCUGGCUGCCUCAGGAACUGGUGACUCGGCCCCGGCAGCAGCUGCCUCUGUCCCGGUGCCCCCAGCCUCCAUCAUGGAGAGGAUCUCUGCGAGCAAGGGCCUCAUCUCGCCCAUGAUGGCCAGGCUGGCAGCGGCUGCCCUCAAGCCCUCUGCCACCUUUGACCCAGGAAACGGGCAGCAGGCCACCCCUGCCAGGUUCCCCCCAGCCCAGGUGAAGCAGGAGCCUGGUGAGAGUGCCGGCGCCCCAGGUCCCCACGAGGCCUCCCAGGACCGCAGUUUAGACCUGACCCUGAAGGAGCCCAGUAAUGAAUCAAAUGGCCACGCAGUCCCGGCAAAUUCAUCUCUUUUAUCCUCGCUUAUGAAUAAGAUGUCUCAGGGCAACCCCAACCUCGGCAGCCUGUUGCACAUCAAGACAGAAGCGGAGGGGAGCCCCGCCGGGGAGUCCUCGCCCUUCCUGGGCAAGGCCGUGAAGGCCUUGGUUCAGGAGAAGCUAUCAGAGCCCUGGAAGGUGUACCUUCGCAGGUUUGGUACCAAGGACUUCUGCGACGCCCAGUGUGAUUUCCUUCACAAGGCCCACUUCCACUGCGUGGUGGAGGAGUGCGGCGCGCUUUUCAGCACCCUGGACGGGGCCAUCAAGCAUGCCAACUUCCACUUCCGGACCGAGGGAGGAACAGUGAAAGGAAAUGCAGAGGCUUCCUUCCCGGCCUCGGCUGCUGAGACCAAAUCUUCCUUGGCCCCCUCAUCCCCUCCAGCACCUCCCAUCACCACGGCCGCGGUUUCCUCCCUGGAGGGGCCCACUCCCAGCCCGGCCGCUGUGCCCUCCACCCCCACCCUCCUCGCCUGGAAGCAGCUGGCUUCCACCAUACCCCAGAUGCCUCAGAUUCCAGCGUCAGUGCCUCACCUGCCCACUUCGCCCUUGGCAACGACUUCUCUAGAAAACGCCAAGCCCCAGGUCAAACCCGGAUUCCUCCAGUUCCAGGAGAAGUGAGUCCCUCGAUGAUCCGGGAGUCCUGUGUCCCUGUGUGUCUCGGGAGUAGGUGCUAGCAAGGGCAGCUGAGGCAGCCCUGCUCCUCACCGUGUGGUAGCCCUGGCUGUCCCCAGCUUCUCUGGGACACGGUCAUCGGGCCAUGUCCUUCUAGCCAAAGAUGCUGCUGCUCAGACCUCACUGCCUGUUCCCAGAGCAGGCGGCCAGGGGUGGAAGAGAUGGUGGAGGUAGCGGCCACUGUUCCGGAGAGGCCAGUGGUGAUGCUGUGAGGACCAGCCUGGGUGGGCUGGGAAUGGUGGUCGUUGCCUGGCAAAGAGGGCUGUGUCUCCCUCCAGGCCUUCUUGGCUCAUGCCCAUGGCUGAGUCUCUGCAGGGCAAGCAAAGUCAUAGGUGGGUAGCGAGGGGCCAGGUCCCCCUCCACCCACCUGCACAAGGGUCUGAGCUCUCAGGGGUGAAAGGGACCUUCCUCACUGGAUGGUGGUGGCUCCUUGCGGCGAGAACGGUGACUCUGUAUCAUUAUGUGUGCGGCUUCCUGUUCUCAAUAAAAGUAAUAAAUUGGACAUGAACACACACCACCUGAGUGGCAGCUGUCCUCCCUCUCUGAGCACCUGGGGCUGGGCCCACGGCAUGGAAGGGGAACUGUGCUCCUCUCUGUCCCUUUCCCAGUGUCUCUUCCUCUAUUCACCUCCCCAAAGUGGCAGCCCUCUUAGUUUCCUGGACUUAGAGUUCCCACCCCAGGUCCGUUGUCAGGGGUGGCUGCCUUGCCAGCCAGA